UCGGCUUUAGCAUGACGUCACAGGUAAAAUGGCUGCCUAGAGACGGGGAAGCUAUCGCUUGGUUACGCAUUAGCGCAUCGUUAAUUGGACUUUUGACAUGUUCAUUUCAAUCGAUUAUAUUCAAUCAGGUUGUCGUGAAAAUUGUUAAUAACAUAUUAAUUAUGUCUUUUAAUUAUUUUGAUGAACUUGAUCCGGCAGCAAAAGCCAGAUAUGUUUCUAAAUUGAAUUUAAUUGGAUUAGAUGAAUGUCCAUAUAAGCUUCCAGCAGGUGUUUGGAAAAAUGAUCCUUCGAAGUGGCCGUCGGUUGAAUAUGGUGAUAUUCAUAACUAUUUGAUUGAAACACCAGGUGUGUACACUAGGGAAAGUAUGAAAAACUACAAGAGCUUAGAAGCACAUAAUUACUUCAGAUCUGGCUGGGUUGAAACUGUAUUCAUGUACAAGCCAAGUGACAGUCAAUAUACCCUUAUGAAAGCCUCUGUCAAACCUUCUCAAAAAUUAAAUGAUGACCACUAUUGUCCUUGGAUUGCUGUUACCAACUGUGGGCAAAUAUCUGCUGCUCAUUGUAACUGUAUGGCUGGAUUAGGUGAAUCAUGCUCUCACAUAGCUGCCGUCAUGUUUAAGGUAGAGGCUGCAGUUAGACUAGGCUACACCAAACAAGCUUGUACAGAUGUACUUUGUAAAUGGAACCAAGACUUUGUUAAAAAAAUCAACCCUGACCCAAUAUCAAAAAUAAACUUCUUCAGUGAGAAAAAAAUAAACAAGGCUAAAUCCCGCUCCAAAAAAAGAAAAACAGUGUUCGAAAAGGCUACAGAAGAAGAGAAACAACACUUUCUAUCCGCUUUGAAGAAAAUGAACAAUAAGCCUGUUGUCCUCAGCUGUUUUAAUGGCUAUUCAGAUGAUUUCCAUUGGAAAAAGAGACCCCAACGUGAUCCCAAAUUACCAGCCCCCCUCACUUCCUUCUAUAAAGAAGGAAAUGUUGCAUUAAGCUCUGAAGAUCUGAAACAACAAUGUGAAACAAAAUUCAGUAAUCUGAAACUAACUGAUGAGGAAAUAAAAUAUGUGAAUAAAUGUACAGCAGGCCAGAGUUCUAAUAUGGUAUGGCAUGAGCAACGAACUGGCAGAAUAACUUCCUCAACAGUUCACGCAGUCAUUAGAACAGAUCCCAACAACCCUUCAAAGUCAGCUAUCAAUCAAAUAUGCAACCCAAGAAAAUCUCAACUUCAAACUGAAGCUAUUAAGUGGGGAAAUGACAAUGAAGACAAGGCUCUUAAGGCGUACAAACAAAUCAUGGAACAUUCAAAUCCACCCCAUAAAAAUAUGAAGCUUCAUAAAGAGGGACUUCAGCUCUCAAAAGAAAAUCCCUACAUUGGCGCCAGUGCUGACAGCCUUGUUUCUUGUGACUGUCAUAUAUUAAAAUUAGUUGAAGUAAAAUGCCCCUUUUCCGCAAAAGAAAUGGAUGUUAAAACAUUUCUGUCAAAGCCCGACUGUUACAUUAAAGAUAAUAUGCUGAAAAAGUCACAUAAAUAUUACAGUCAAGUUCAGUUACAAAUGUAUGUUUAUAAUAUUAGUGUGUGUGACUUUGUUGUGUGGGCACCAAAAUUUUUGUUAGUAACAUAUGUAAUGCGAAACAAUGAAUUCAUUCAAGAUAUGCUGGAAAAGUGUACCCAAAUGUACAAAUCAUAUAUUUUGCCAGAAUUACUCACAAGGAAGCUGGCACACGGAAAGCCAGCUGUACAUGUCCAAGAAAAUGAUAAACUCUACUGUAUCUGUCAGCAGCCAGAAGAUGACAGUAAAUAUGUAGGAUGUGACAACCCUAAUUGCACUGUGCAGUGGUUUCACCUUAAGUGUAUGAAACUUAAAAGAGAGCCAAAGGGUACUUGGUUUUGUUCAAAUUGCAAAAAAUUAAACAAAAGUAUUGAUAAGUGAGAAAAAAGAUGCUUAAAAUGACACACUUAUUCUACAGCUAACAAAUUGUGAAAAUGAUGUUUGUUAUGGAUAAUGUAAACAAUGUCAUAUUUAAAACAUGAAUGAAAAGCUCUGGUGUUAAAAAAUAAAAAAAUGUGUCUUACUGAUCACUUUUGCCUACACACUUAUCUUAAAUAUGAUUGAAAUCUUCUGAGAAUAUAUCAGUCAAUGUUAACAAAUUUUGUGUUGAUGUAUUGGACUUAAAAUUUGAAGAAAAAAAUGUACUACAUUAUAGAAUUUUAUUCAUGAUAAAAAAUCAAAUAUGUAAUAAAACAUACAAUAUAAGUCAUUUCAUCAUGUGUAUGUGUUACAGUACUUUUACUAACACCAGCCUAACAUGGUCAGCUUCAUUCAUUUUCAUUAUAAACUAUUCCUUCACCCAUGUUAACUAAUACAGCACAAGAACGUA